CGACGCCGCAAGUUCUACUCUCUCUCCCGUCACGCGAAUUCCUCACUCAUUUGCGAGCAUCGAUCGUCUCGUUGUGCGUGGGCGAGGGCAUUCAAUUCAAUCCAAUUCCAGCAGCCGUGGUAGCGAUGGCGCUCUCCGCCUCCAUGGCCGCCCUCUCGCUCGGCUCCAGCUCCGCUGUAAAGCUCUUCUCCUCCAGCAGCACCGCUCACUGCAGCUUGGCAUCCUCAUUCACCGCCACCCGCGCGGUGUCGUCCUUCUCCUCGUCUCACUUUGCAGGAGUGGCUCUGAGGUCGACCUCAUUCGGACUCCCAAUCGUGAAGAGAGGGCUCCCUCUGGUCGUGAGAGCUGGCAGCCCCUGCUUGGGGUGUACUAAGCGUUCGAGGUCGCGGAAGUCGAUUGCACGAGUCUCCGGCUUUCGUGCUCGCACUGCUACACCGACCGGGAGGAAUGUUUUGAAGAGGAGACGCGCCAAGGGCCGCAAGAACCUCGUGCCAAAGACCAACCCCAACAGUGGAAAGCUUGCCUAAGUGCUUGGGUAGUGUCAAGCGAUGGCGUUUGAGAAUGUCGGGGCGUAACUAGGCGCCUCAUUUUUAGGAGAAGUCUUCAUUCUUUUGACACUAUAUGAUUCAAUUGGAUAACGUUGCUAAUGCGCAGUUUUCCUUUAGUGUUUGUUUACGUUUCUUUGUCAUUCACAGCUUCCAAUCAAUUGGAAUGUUGGUGGUCACAGCCCUAAAUCUGGCAUCACAAAAUGGUCACCGGUUUGAGGAUUUUCCUCUGCCUGUAUUCUUUCCAUAUUCAAUUUAUGCAUGUGAGCUCUUGAGGACAAUUUUGAAUGCAAA